GCUCAUGGAAUAUGUGUCCAUGAUCAUUCCGUCGAAUUUCGAGCCGGCUCAUGGAAUAUGUGUCCACGAUCAUUCCGUCGAAUUUCGAGCGGGUGAUUCUGCAAUUGCUGCAGUGGCUUGGAUGAUCAUUUUUGGUGAUGGUUUCCAUAAUUUUAUCGACGGCAUCUCGAUCGGCGCCUCAUUCGCGGAAUCGCUGCAUGCUGGCUUAUCUGUAUCGCUUGCGGUUCUUGCAGAAGAGUUCCCUCAUGAGCUUGGUAUGGGUGAUGUUGCGAUUCUUGUGGCUUCCGGUAUGACCCUACGUCAAGCUCUGCUUUACAAUCUACUGAGCGCUAUCACCUGUUAUGUUGGAUUUGUUAUCGGUGUUGGUAUUGGUGAACUUGGAUUUGUUAUCGGUGUUGGUAUCGGUGAACUUGGUCCAGAUAUCUCCAAAUAUGCCUUUGCUCUUGCUGGAGGAAUGUUUUUAUAUAUCUCACUUGGAUGCAUGGUAUGUUCUUCCAGACAAACAGAUCAACAUGCAUAAAA